AUGGGCUCGGGAGCAGGUGAGGGUGCAGUGGUGGUGGCUGGUGCAGCAGUGAUUGAAGGAGCAGCGGAAGAUGUGGCUGCCUCAGCAGAGGCAGUGAAAAAUGGAGAAUUAACUAAAAAUUGGGAACGGAAUCGGCAUUUGGCGGAACCUGGUUUGCACAGGUAUGGAAUAUGGAAUCAGAGAGAUGGCGGGGGUGGUGAAUUGGCGGCGCUGGGAGGCGGUCACGGCGGCGGUUCGGUGGCGGGGCAGGGUGGCGCGGAAGAAGAGAAGGGAGGAGUGGGGUUCUGCGAGGGCGGCGCGGUGGUGCGGGCUCGGCGAGGUGGGUUGGGGGUGGUGGUGGCUGAUCGGUGGUGGCAGAAGGGAAGAGGGAGAGUGCAAAGGGGUAGUGGGUGGGUUUUUGGUACACAAAAGGGGUAG